AUGGCCGCCUCCAACGAGUUCGCAUCUGCCAUGACCACCCGGUCGCUCCGCAUGGUCCGGACGGAACUAGAAUUCCUUGCCGAUGCCCAUGUGAUCACCCCUCAACAGCUCUCCUCAAUUAUAUCACAACUACCCACCGAUUCCGAGGCAUCUCGCGCGGUACAUGCAUCACCGUCGCCGCCCCGACAGCAGCCACAGCCUGUGCCUGUUCAACAUGUUCCAGUCCAAGCACAGCCCCCUCCGGCUCCCUACACGCCCUCAUACUCGCCGCCUGUCUCACAGAUGUCCAAUGCGUCGCUGAAUGAAAAAGCCACACUGCACAACCAAUACGCAAACCAACCACCCCAGGCCCCGCCAGCUUAUCCCCAAGUCCCGCCAGUCCGUGUUGCGUUGGCCAUGUACGAUUACAAAGCUACCGACGCUGGUGACUUGGACCUGAAGGCAGGGGAUCGCGUCCGGAUUAUCCAGGAAAUAAAUGAGCAUUGGUGGCGUGGUCACAGUGAACGGACUGGACAGGAGGGUAUUUUCCCUGGAAGUUACGUGGAUGAAAAGGCCGCUCUUGCUUCCCCCCCGCCUACAAAUUAUGGAAACAUGCCUCUUGCAGUUAGCCAGAGUGGACAGCCCGAAAACCCCGAGGACCCAAAGAAGAACAAGUUUGAGGAAGGAGGCAAGAAAUUUGGAAAGAAACUGGGCAAUGCCGCUAUCUUCGGUGCCGGCGCCACUGUUGGCUCCAAUAUCGUGAACAGCAUCUUCUAA